AUGGCAAACCGGCAACGGCCUCCGCCAGCAGCAGCACGACAACCCAGUCCUGACAGCGACUUGGUAGACGAGGAGAUAGUGUUCGACAGGAGAAGCUUGAGACUCAUGAUUCCAGACCUUUUCACUCAACUUCCCCCGGUCAGGGACGCCCUGGUCACGGAAACGUCCAGGGUCCAGGACGAGACGGUCUCCGUCUGUCUGCCUUCGCUGAGUGGAGAGGAUGAGAGUGUCGAGUACAACGGGCACGGGGUGCCGGGACUAAGCCGGGAGAGGCACGUCAACUUCCUGCGUAAGUCGUUAGGGAAGUUGCCCGGCGCGUAUGUGGCCGCCGACGCCAGCAGGCCAUGGUACUUGUACUGGUGCCUGUCGGCGCUCACGAUGCUCGGGGAGGAUGUGACAUCCUAUCGGGAGUCGGUGGUGGCAACGGCGCGCUCGAUGCAGAACGAUUCCGGAGGCUUUGGCGGUGGCGGCAGACAGCUCUCGCACAUGGCCACGACCUAUGCGGUGGUUCUGGCGCUUGCGCUGGUCGGAGGCGACGAAGCAUACGAGGUGGUUGACCGGAAGGCGAUGUGGAGAUGGCUCUGCAGUCUCAAACAGCCGGACGGCGGAUUCCAAGUCUGCCUCGGGGGCGAGGAGGACAUCAGGGGGGCGUACUGCGCAGCCGUUAUCGUCACACUGUUACGGCUUCCGCUAGACCUCACACCUGAGUCUCCCGCAUGGACUGGAGACAGCAGUGUGAAUCUUUUAACGGGCGUGGCCGACUACGUCCGACGAUGUCAAACGUUCGAGGGCGGCAUCUCGGGUCAGCCAAACGCAGAAGCACACGGGGCAUACGCCUUUUGCGCACUAGGUUGUCUCGCACUCCUGGGCCACCCAGCUCGCAUCAUCCCAAGCUACCUUGACGUUCCACGACUGAUCGCCUGGCUGUCGUCACGACAGUAUGCGCCCGAAGGGGGACUUUCCGGCCGGACUAACAAACUCGUCGACGGCUGCUACAGCCACUGGGUUGGUGGAUGCUUCCCGUUGAUCGAGGCAUGCCUUGGUACGUCCAGUAGCCGUAUCACCGGGGACGUGGCCGUGGGCGACCCGGCCGCCACCAGCUCGACCAGUACGACCAGAAGCAAAGCCAGGCUUCCGCCAGCAGAAGAGAGCCUAUUCAGCCGGGAAGGCCUGAUCCGGUAUAUCCUCUGCUGUUGCCAAGACCAGUCCAGAAGGGGCGGACUGCGCGAUAAACCGGGAAAAAACUCAGACCCCUACCACACCAACUACGUGUUAUCGGGGCUCAGCUCAGCGCAACAUCAAUGGGAACUGGACGAGCCCGAGGAAACUGCAGCAUCAGAAGGAGCAGCGGAUGCGGUGUGGGCCGUCCUGCCGUACCUCGACGGCGUGCAGAUCUUUGACAACAAGGACCGCGUCCGGCCGAUCCACCCCGUCUACGCCAUACCGCAGCAAAAUGUGCGGGCUAUGAAGGAGUACUUCCAGCAGAAACAGGGAUUCUGA